GAAGUGAGUAAAUUCGAGCACAACAGACGGAAGUUUGUCACCACGACGGUUUUCUGUGAGUUUUGCUUUUGUGUUUUUAUAAAUGCUUUAAGGCGAACAGCGAUGUGUGUUUAGUCACAGAACGGUUGGAUUAUACUCUACAAUAUAUAUAUAUAUAUAUUUAGAAUGACCAAAGAGAAGCGACACAGGAGGCGGGAGUCUCCGGAGCGGGAGGCCAAAGUGACGGUGAAGCAGGAGGAGCUGAGUCCCGUUAGGCCACAGACAUCAGGCCGCUCCAGGUCCAGAUCCAGCGGCACCGCGAGUCCACCGAGGAGGAGAACCAGCAAGUCACCUGUCAGAUCCAGCGGCCCCUCAAGUCCACAGAAGAGAAGAACGAGCAGGUCACCUGCCAGAUCCAGCGGCCCCUCAAGUCCACAGAAGAGAAGAACGAGCAGGUCACCUGCCAGAUCCAGCGGCCCCUCAAGUCCACAAAAGAGAAGAACGAGCAGGUCACCUGCCAGAUCCAGCGGCAACUCAAGUCCACAGAGGAGAAGAACGAGCAGGUCACCUGCCAGGACGACGAGGGACCGUUCACCAGCUAGAAGAGAGACAUCAUCUCCCGUCAGACGAGGCAGCAGAUCACCCAGAAACAGAAGAAGUCGCACUCCGCCCCAACGUGGUGCUGCUGAUGUCAAAAUAAAGCGGGAGCGGGAGGAGCAUCGGGCUAGCGGCGAUGAGCGGAGGAGAAGAAACGACCAGCCGGAGGAGAGGCGGAGCAGGUGGGAGUCAGACAGACCGCGGGAGAGAGAGCGCGGCAGAGACAGACACAGAGAGCGAGAAGCGCUCGGCUCUCAACAAGCUGAGAGACAGCAGCACGACGAGCGGCGCAGAGAAAACCGCCAGCGGCGUGAAGAAAACCAAGAGCAAGAUUUUGGACAGUCCGAGGGAGGGAGUGACGACCCAAAUGAGCCGCCCGUUGAGAAAGAGAAGCCCAACUUUGGACUGUCGGGGGCGCUGACAGAAGAUACGAACACAUUCCGGGGCGUGGUGAUCAAGUACAACGAGCCACCCGAGGCUCGCAUCCCCAAGCGCAGAUGGCGACUGUACCCUUUCAAGAAUGAUGAACCUCUUCCAGUCAUGUACAUUCACAGACAGAGUGCCUAUUUGUUGGGGCGGCAGAGAAAAAUCGCUGACAUCCCCAUUGACCACCCAUCUUGCUCCAAGCAACAUGCAGUAUUCCAGUACAGACUGAUGCCGUUUACACGUGCAGACGGCACCAGUGGCCGCAGGGUACGGCCUUACAUCAUCGACCUGGGUUCCGGCAAUGGCACCUACCUGAACAACCAGCGCAUCGAGUCCCAGCGCUAUUACGAGCUCAAAGAAAAAGACGUUAUCAAGUUUGGCUUCAGCAGCCGCGAGUACGUCCUGCUGCACGAGUUCUCAGACACGAGCGAGGUGGACAUGAAGGGCGAGGUGGAAGACGAUGACGAGGGCCUCGACGAGUAAAUAGGUCCCAUAGGCUGUAUUGCCCAAGUUCAUUCAGGUUAGAUGACAUCACCAUCACUGUUUGUCUGCAGGGAAUGGAACCGGUAAAUGUGGGACUUUGUUACAAUAGUGGAACAAGGCUGGUUUGUAUAUUCUGUAAUUACCGAACUGUUGCUUAAACCUGCCACAACCGUCUCUAAGAAGACUUCCUAUUCUCAGGUUGAUUGUGUAAUGUCAAUGUGAUGCAUGACUGAUCUCACAUCUGACAGUGCUCACAAUACAAAGUGCUCGGUGCCAGAUAAAGAUGUCUCGCUAAAAUACAAUUUAUAUAUUUUUGGAUCACAGCAGCACUCAGUACAAAGUUAAGCAGAAGACUUAGUCUCUCGUCUAUGUCCAGGCUGUAUAUGUCGAUGUACGAUACGUGGAAUGUGAACUCUAGAUUCAUGUUUAAUAAGCAUUGCUUAUUGUCAGAGUAAAACAUUACAGAUCUAUAACUUGUAAUGAUAUUGCCUUUUUUUGCUUUUGUAGUGCAGGGAAAAAAAGUAGUUGAUGCUGUUGUGUGUUUCCUUGCACCAAUGCUGUGUGUAUUUACAGACUUCCCCUUUUUAUUUUAGUUUGUUCUGAAGCCGACAGCAGUCAUAGUAAAUUUCCAUUUAUGUACUGUAAAUAAAGACUGGGAAAUUUGGA